ACGCUUCCUAGAUUGUUGAUAUAUGAUUUAGCAAACAAGAAAUGUGUUCAUAAUAAAAAACUACAACCGCAGAAUCAAACAGAAAUGAUAUGCAAACGAUUGCUUUUGCUGGUGUUACUUGCCACCAGUUUGGACAGAUGUUCUAGUGCGUUUUUAGAUUAUGGAAGUUCUGUUGGUGACACAGGACUCGGUGGAGGUGACGAUAAUACCUAUCUUGUGACUACAAAAGAAAACAUCAAAAUGUGGAAAACUGACCAAACAAUGUUUUAUAUAAGCAGCAACGGAGUUAUAUUUCCAAGUGAUAAUGGCGAAGUAAAGCCCUCAUGGGCUUGGCAACAGUUACCUAGCAAUUCACUAUAUGUGUACUAUGCUGAUGCAAAAUUUGAUUCAACAUGCGCGGAAUGCAAUAUUUACUAUCGUACGAUUGUUUCACAAGAAGAUUUAUAUAAGAUAAAUCACCUAAUACAAAAGAAAGACGGUGAAUUUGUAGCAGCGCCGAACAGGAUUUUAGUUACUACCUGGUACAAAUCAGGAGCCCAACAUCAUCCAGAAAAGAGGAAUACUUUUCAAGCCAUUAUUGCAUCCAAUGGAACGACAACAUAUGCUCUCAUGAGCUAUGAUAAUCUGAGUUACUACAAUGGUACUUCGAGUCGCACAGCUAAAGUUGGAUUUAGAGGAACUGAAAGUCAUGUUUGCGUCUUUCCCGGUAGUAAUAUUGACUCCAUGAAACUUCAAUGUCGAUCUAAUGUGUUUGUACCAGGUCUUUUCGUUGUUGGUUUAACUCCAAAUUCGCAUUAUCAAUGCGAUAAUGGAGGAAUUUUAGAGUCCUCUUGCUCGCAUUGCUCUGGUGAAGAAACUUGGAUACAUGCGAAUUGUGGUCAUGUCAACGCCUCUGUUUGCGGCAGUGAUGGUAUUGUCUAUCGCAAUCAAUGUGACCUAAGAAAAGAGAUGUGUAGAACUAGUGGAAAAGUAACAGAUACAAGUUGUCAAGUCAAACUUGCAAGUGCAACAACAGUAUACAGAGCCGGGCAAUUGAGCUUCUGCGAUUUCGAACGAAAUUCAUGCGGCUUUACGUUAAACUCUGGUUGGUCUCGACAUUAUGGUAGCACACCUUCUUCAAGCACUGGACCAAGUGUUGACGCAAGCGGAAGUUCUCGGGGAUACUACAUUUAUUACGAAGCAACCGGGAGGGCUGCGAAUUCAAGGAGCUCAAUUUCUAUUUUAAUAUCAAAUUCUAAUGUCCGUCACACCGGUUGCUUACAAUUUGCGUACCACAUGUAUGGUUACGAUAUGGGGUCACUUUUAGUAUCACUAGCGAACAGAUACAGAACAGAAACUAUAUGGUCUCGCAAUGGCAACAAGGGAGAUCGAUGGAAUAGCGAAUCUGUUUCUUUGAACCAAUUCUUAAGCCGUUCUUCUUCACCCGUUUUGAAUUUAACGUUCGUUGCAGUCAGAGGGGAUGAAUAUAAGAGUGACAUUGCAUUGGAUGACAUCUCCAUUUCAUUUGGAAGAGAUUGUAGCACCGCUCCCACAACAAGUACAACUAUGCGACCAAGCACCACAUUGCUGUAUUCAUAUGGAAUUUCCCAAGGCGACAGAUUAGUUCCUCCCGGUGACGAUACCGUCAACUUAUAUGCAUUAUCCAAACCAAUGAAACUAUUCUCUGUGACCAGAUCGCAAAUCUACAUUGCCGUAAAUGGAUUGGUGUCUUUUAACACACGCAUAUCAUCAACAAGUUUAUCCAUUCCAAAUUCAAACACAAUUCUAGGACUAUACACCAUGGAUUUAGAUUCUUCUCGUGGUGGGAAUAUAUAUUUCCGAGAAACAACCUCUCAGCAUAUUCUUUCCAGAGCCACCGCUGAUGUACGAAAGACAGGUGCAACAACCUUCACUGCAAAACGAGCACUGAUAAUCAGCUACAUCCUUGUGAAUAAGUACAGUUCAUCGUCAAAACAUACUUUUCAAGCUGUAAUAACAACAGAUGAGACCGCUACCUAUGCAAUCAUGAAUUACGAAAGACUGGAUAUCAGCUCAGGAGUGGCUGGAUACAGUGAAGGUUUUUGUAACUACAGAAAAUUUGCAUCUUCAUUCAAUAUUUCUCGUUUAACAACAGCUUCCAAUGUAGGCAGACGGGGACGCCACGUUUAUUUAUUGACAAAUUAUGCCUGUUUUAAACCAGCAGUCGGCGUAAGAACACAGACAAACUCUGUUUAUACAUCGCAGCUUUUUGGGACAACAAGCUUCACAUUUACACUUGAACCUCAUCAUCGCAACAUUAAUCAUGGGGUGACAUUGCUACAAUUUAUCUCUGGAAACCACGCCAGCUCUGCGUACUUAACAUCAGUUACAAACUCGAAUAGUAAUCUUAAUGUAAGAAUAUCGUACACAAUUGAGCGAAACCUGAAUUAUUUUAGUCUUCGUCUUCAAAGUCUUUUCGUGUUCAAGAGCACAGCACAGAGCGCAAGAUUUCAGCACAAUAGCGUUAACUUAACAAGAUUUUCUACAGGCAUAAUGUGUCAGGCUUAUCCAUUUCCUUCUAAAAUGAGUAGCAUUCCAGUAAUCGCAGCAACUGCCAACAUCGGACGGCAGUCAUAUUAUACCUCCCGUCACGUUAGCCUUUGGCUAAGAAACGUUUCUUCAAAUGGAUUUGACAUAUGUGCAAAAGAAAGUGUAGCUUUUAGUGGAUUCAGAAACAUUUCAGUGAAUUACAUAGCUGUUGCAGGUCGUUCCAAUAGUAUCACGGAAUACGGGAAGUUAAAUUUUACGAAACACAAGGACAGUACUUGCCAAAAAGUUAAAUUCCGAUACAUUUACAGCGCAAAUCCAAGUGUUUUUACAACUCCCGAAGAAGCGGAAGGUGAGGUCAAAAAAGGUGCAAUUAUUUCUUGGGUGAAGAAUAUCACCACAAGAUAUGUUGAGAUAUGUGCUAAACAUUCCUCUGACACUAGCACUUUGCGUAAAACAGAUGUCAAAGUCAACUAUAUUGUGACAGGUGCCAUCGAUCAAUGUUCAUAUUUUAAUUGCCCAAACCAUCUUGAGUGUAGGAAGGAUUUCCGAAAUAGGCCAUACUGCGGAUGUAUCAGAACAUGUUACGAUAGAGCUGAUGCCUUUUGUGGAAACGAUUUUGUGACCUAUGUAAGCCGAUGUCAACUUGAUAAAUCACAUUGCGAAAGAUACGGCAAUAAUACUCGACACAACGUUACCAUUGCUCAUCCUGGAAAAUGCGAACGCUUCCCUUACCAAGCUGGAGUGACUCAGCUAGAUGAAGUGCCAGGUGCACCUACCGUAUUCUGCAAGUACAUACCUCUUACUAUGUAUAACUUCCAUCCAACAUCCAAAAUAUCUAUACAACUUUCUGUAUCAUGGGACCAAAACACAUUAAAUAAUAUUACACAUGACGCCACAGCAAGUUGGAGUGAGGACAUUACAAAUACUGGUUUCAAGGCAUGUGCGAUGGUGGCUGGAAGACACUUUUUCGAACGUUUUGAUAAAAACCCAACCGUUCAUUGGAUUGCGUACCAAGAUGGCUUAGAAGGUCCUGACAUAGAACUUGGCGUCAUCAACAUGCCCACUUGGUACACCGGUACUAGAUGUACGCGGGUUGGGUUACGAAGACAUCUAACCACCACGCAAUUGCUCGUAUCAGUAGAGCAUGCACAUCGAAGCACGUUCAAGAAUGCCAUGACUGCAUGGUCAGAAGGAGCUCAGUAUUAUAAUAUAAAAGUUUGUGCAAGGGAGUUACAGAAUUUUGAUGGUGUUCACAGUGGCAUUAGAUUGCAUUGGAUAGCAAUUCACAAAGCCCUACCACCUUUUAUAACCAAAAAAUUUGAAGUAACAUUCCCAAGGCGUAGCAUUGUGCUUUCUAACUCGACGCCUGUUUUCUGCAAGAAAGUGGAAUAUAACCAAGUUUUUCCAACACUUGCUAACCCUACAGUUAUUAUAUCAGCUGCCGUUCCUGUGUUUUCUUAUUAUUAUUCAUCAAAUUCGAUCAACGAUGUUGCUGCUUGGAUUGAGUAUACUGGAGAGGUAUAUAUGAAAAUAUGUUAUAAAGCGAUACAGAAUAACCAUUUUAUUGAACAAGUUAAAAUAUCAUACACUAUUUUUCCAGCAUUAUGUGAACCUGGCUGGAUCUACAUUAAAGGAAAUUGUUAUAAACCAGUUACGGGAUGUAGGAAUUAUAACAACGCUACACAACACUGUCACAGUAUUGCUGCAACACUACCUACCGUCGAAGGACCUGUCGAAGCGUACUACUUAGAACAAACCUCAGUCUCCAAUAAAACAUGGAUUGGUUUAACCGAUGUUACAGAUGAAGGAAAUUGGACAUGGAGUAGUGGAGCAACAUCAGCAUAUCGCAAAUGGCUACCAAAUCGACCAGAUGGAAGUACACAAGAAAACUGUGCUGUUGUAGAUGGAACAAGUGAUGUUGCUGGUUGGGAUGAUGUGUCAUGUGCAGAAUGUGCAAAUGUCCAAUGCGAAAAAGAUGCAAGGUUAGAAGCAAGAUCUUGUGAAUACUUAUGCCUUAAUGGAGGCUCUUGCACAAAGUCAAGAACCAACCAGUACUUCUGUGUCUGUCCAACAGGUUUUGCUGGCAAAAGAUGUGACGUUAAUAUAUCAUCAAUUGCGGAAUGCAGUAACUACGUAUUGCACCAAGAAUUAUGGCGGCUUAAUGAAAGCAGGGCUGUCCAAUCAAAUGGAACUUCUUGCGAUGCUAGAAAUUUGAAAGACGGUUGGCAUAGAUUUCAUGUUGGUUUUGGGACAAAGGUUCUUGGCAACUGUACUAAUGGUCCGAACAGAUGUGGAACAAGAAGCCCUGGCUGGAUGCAGGGUUCUCAUCCUACAAUAGAUGAUGGUGUUGUUUCUCGAAUCCUCCAUUUUUAUUCUCACUAUUGUGCAGACGACCAUGGGGAAGUUCUUGUGCGAAAUUGCGGAAAUUUUUACACCUAUCGCUUUGUUAACAUUCCAUACUGGUCCUGCCAAUUUGGAAUAUGUUUAACGGUUUAAAGUAUUUUUUGAAAGACAAUUGUCAUUUUUGUUAGAAUAUUUUAAGUAAAAUCACGCACCACUGUAACGACUGCACAGCCUAAAGACAUAUAUUCAUCUGAUUCACAAGUUUUGCUGUUAGAGCGUGUGCACUUGGACUAAAUCUCUUUCUUUACGUCUUAGUGCGCAUGCGCUGGCAACAAAACUCGUGAACUUUUUGCGCUAUAGCAUAAAACGCAGUUAAAUGGAAAUGAGUGUUAUUUCUCUAUUUGCGUCGAACUUUUAACAACAGUUUAAACAGAUUUUAAUAAUUUUUUGCACGGCAAUUUUUACUGAAAAAACACAAGCACGUGUAUCAAAUACAUAAAACAUAAAGUUAAUUUUUGCGGAGUAUAUUAUGUUGUUUUCUUUUUUGGAAAGUUCUUGCUAUAUCAAUUGAAAAUAAUGUUUGGGUUUAUUGGACAUGAAGAGGUUUAAAAGGUUUCCUAUGUGCCCAGUAAGUAAAUGGUUUUUAGGAUAUGAGAGAAUUGAAACGAGUAUAACAAAGCCUCAAUGAGCUUUUUUUUCGUGUCCUUUUUUGUGAGUAUACAUAAGUUGUUUUUAAAUACACGUAUUUUUUUUGGUUGGAUAAAAAUGUAAUUAAAGCCACUGUC